GCUUCCCACAAUGCACCCGCCGCUCAGCGGGAAACCAAAAUGGCGAGAGCGAGCGAACAAAAUCAGCCGUUUAUCAUAGUGUAAAAAAUCACUUUAUGCGUUUGAAUCGUUUCUCUAAAGAAAUCAGUUCACUGCAGCUUUAACGGGAACGGAGCUCCCGUUGUCAGUUCAUGGUGUAGUUCUUUGUGUUUGUGAAACGUUGGUACCCGGGAAAGUGACCGAAUGAGAGACUCGACAAGUUCGGAUAACCUGGCUGCCCAUCAAAAAUCACCCCCCAAUCGCCAACGCAAGUCACCGGUGUCCUUGUCACAGUUUCCCUUGAAAGAUGGGCUGACCGACACUGCCAAGCUCGCCGGCAAGUUUGAGGAGGGGCAGGAUGUCCUGGCUCGAUGGUCAGAUGGCCUCUUUUACCUGGGCACUAUUGCCAAGAUAGAUACACUUAAGCAUCGCUGCUUUGUGAUUUUUGAAGAUCAGUCUAAAUCCUGGGUUCUGUGGAAGGACAUUCAGACAGUUGACAAACCACAGAGUCUCCAGGCUUACACAAACCGUAAGUCCCACAUCGAGCCAGGAGACGAGAAUAGGGAAGGGGACAGUGGAGGGGAGAUGCUCUGCUCUAUAUGCCAGAAUGAAAGCUCGGAUCCUCCCAAUGAAAUAGUAAUUUGUGACAAAUGUGGUCAAGGAUACCAUCAGCUGUGCCAUGCCCCCAUAAUCGACUCAGAUGUCAUUGCCUCUGAUGACAAAUGGCUCUGCCGACAGUGCGUGUUUGCCACAACAACAAAGAGAGGUGGUGCUCUGAAGAAGGGGCCAAAUGCCAAAGCCCUGCAGGAAAUGAAGCAGUCCCUGCCGUAUGCUCUGGAAGACCUGGUGUGGGACCAGGGCCACAAGACCAACAUCCAGCAAUGCUACUGCUACUGUGGAGGGCCUGGAGACUGGUUUCUGAAGAUGCUGCAGUGUAAUAAGUGUAAGCAGUGGUUUCAUGAAGCAUGCAUCCAGUGUUUUCAGAAGCCAAUGCUCUAUGGAGACAGGUUCUAUCUAUUUAUUUGUUCAGUUUGUAACAGUGGACCAGAGUACCUCAAACGCAUGCCUUUGAGAUGGGUAGAUGUUGCACACCUGAGCCUGUAUAACCUGAGUGUAAUUCAUAAAAAGAAAUACUUUGACUCAGAGCUGGAACUGAUGGCUUACAUCAAUGAUAACUGGGACAGGCUACAGCUUGGCGAGCUUGCAGACACUCCAAGAGCAGAACGAUAUGAAUGCAUUCUGGAAGCACUUAACAGCAACCUCAACAUGUUCAUGUCAGGGAAGGAGAUAAAGAAAAAGAAGCACCUGUUUGGAUUACGGAUUCGCUUCCCACCAGGCCCUCAGUGCUCAGAGCUCCAAUCAGACCGAGAGCAGGAAAAAGCUUCCCAUGAGAUCAAGAUCAAAGGCAGGAAGGCCAGCAAACCCCCUCAUUUAACCAGCACUGUCACUAAUGGAUCAGUAAAGAAGGGGACGAGGAAACAUCGCACACACUCAUUAGAGACAUUGGCCAAAUUGAGAAGAUCAAGUGAAAUUUUGGCACAGAAUGAUGUGAAGUGUCCAACUCUAGACAAUAACUCACUGGACCUGAUGGCCUCAAAAAGUGAAAAAUCUUUGCCCUCAUCAAGUACCUCUGAUGUUGAAUCUGUUGGUGCCACCAGCACCAGUGAAACUACCUCAACCACCAUCUCAAGGCAGUCCAGCAUAGGCAGUCCAAGUGGACCACGCACUGGAUGCUUCUGGCCCACCGUCACGCAGCCCCUGAUGAAGAGGCGCCGGGGACGUCCACGACGAGCACUGCAGCCGCCAAAUCCUGAGAUUCCUCCACCCUGCAACCCUGAACCACAUCCCAGCAACAACGUCCCUGAUCCCAGACCCCUUCCCUCCUGUCUCUACAGCAGCAUGGACAUGAUGCAGGACCUGGACCCUGACACCCAGCUCAAAAGCUCCAUCAGCACUUACUUCGGAGCCGCGGGUCGCUUGGCCUGUGGUGAGAAGUAUCGUGUGCUGGCCCGCCGUGUCACUCAUGAUGGCAAAGUACAGUACUUGGUGGAAUGGGAGGGGGUUACAGCCUCCUGAACUGGUCAUGGGUCUGGUCACAUACAGUGUAUGCCUGGUGGGCCACCAGUAAUGUGCUUUGUUUUGCGACAAUAAAAAUGUAAUUCAUAUGGAGGUGAAUGGAGCAGUGAAUGUGACUGAAUACACAUGGUUGACUGAGAUGUUUGAGUGGCCUCAGGACUACCAUAAAGAGGUGGGACUUCGUAGUGUUCUCUCUGCAAAUUCAAAGGACUGCCUUCACAUGGAUUGACACAUUGGAGGUGGUCAGAAUUUCAGGUUGAAGACAUAAUCAAUUCACUGCUAUGUCAAAAUAACUCAAGUCCUUUCUUUUUGCCUCUGAUGUACAGGUGCCUUAAAGGGUUGUCAAACAUACUAUAUAUGCUGCUGGAGACUAAGGAUUUUGCUUUCCUUAUUCAGUCAAAACUUUUCUCAAAUGAGCAAGGAGAGAGAGCGCUAUUAUGGAUAGGGCACUUUUAUUUACAUUUCAUUUGAUUGCACAUAAGCUCUCAUCCUCAACAUCCACUGUUGUCUCGUCUCAGUUUAAAUGAACUAGUGUACGGAUUUCGUUACAAAAUGAAACAUUAAAAAAUUAAAAAUGAGAGACAUUCUCCUCCCACAAAGCAAAAUUAAAAUAUUAACAGCAUUAAUAGAUCUUAGCAUUUUGUGAGACAUUACACAAAUUCACUGUUAGCUCAUUUAAAAUUGUUUAUUGAGGGUUCCUUCCCUCCCUUAAAAGUACACGACAGAGCGCUGCAGCAUGAAGACAUCGCCACGUAUCCCCCUUUUUAUACAGAUAUAAUAAAACCGUUCAGCUGUUAAUAGCUGCCACAUGAGUGGUUUGAGUUCUAAAGGUUUUUUAGGCAAGAGCCAUUUUAGUUUAAUUCCCUCAGUUAAAUGAUUUUAAAUAUGAUAUCUAAUUUUCAUUUUUGGGGGGAAUUUUUAUAUAUAUAAAUAUAUAUAUAUAUAUAUAUAUAUAUAUAUGUAUGCAACUGGAUCUGUGUAUUUUUCUUCAGCUUCACCAUAAAAUCCAAAAACAGCAGCAAUAUUUUUGUUACUAUCGACUCAGGCUUUUUGUUUAAUUGAAAAGUAUUUAUUACUUUCAUACAGCAGUGUACACUAACCAUUCACGAGAGCACUCAGGAUACUUUUCACAACUUAAUUGUAAGAGUUGAUAGGAUGUUCAGAUAUAUUCUGCAAGAAAUGAAAUUAGAUGUUCAAUUCUCAGUUUUGUAUAUUCAUACAAUUCUAAAAUCCUAAUUUUAGGUUUAUUCAAAAUUCUCAAGUUCUGUUGAGGUAGCAAACUUUUUUUUUUUUAACUUGAGAAUGCCC